AUGUCCUUAUCGAGAUCAGUGGCUCCGCGCGCGCUGCGAGCAUCAGCCACCGCUCCCGUGACGAUUCUGCGCGCCGCCCCUGCUGCUUUCAUUUCAACCUCUUCCCCGAAACCCGCCACCUCGAUCGUCUCUCAGUCGCCCACAGCCACCGGCGAUGCAUCCCGCCUCCCAGUCACAGGCGGCGUCCGUCGCGAAGUACCCCUCCCUUCGCAGGAGAAAAAGCAAGGAGCAAUGCAAUACGCCUUGACCACCCUGGAUCAAAUCGCAAACUGGGCCCGACAGGGCUCGCUCUGGCCUCUGACAUUUGGGCUGGCAUGCUGCGCCAUCGAGAUGAUGCACCUUUCCACGCCCCGCUACGAUCAAGAUCGCCUGGGUAUAAUUUUCCGUGCCAGUCCGAGACAGAGCGAUGUGAUGAUCGUGGCCGGCACACUCACAAACAAGAUGGCUCCCGCGCUGAGACAGGUGUAUGAUCAGAUGCCCGAGCCGAGAUGGGUCAUUUCUAUGGGCAGCUGUGCGAACGGCGGCGGUUAUUACCAUUACAGCUACAGUGUCACCAGGGGCUGUGAUCGCAUUGUGCCCGUGGAUAUUUACGUGCCGGGGUGUCCGCCUACCAGUGAGGCGUUGAUGUAUGGCAUCUUCCAGCUGCAGAAGAAGAUGAGACAUACUCGCAUCACGAGGUUGUGGUACAGGAAGUAA